AUGUCUUACCCGCAAGAUAUGAAUAACUUAUCAGGUAUUUUUGGAGCGUUUUGGAGCAUUCGAGACUUGAGGAGCAAGGAAGGACUCUGCAUGGGACUCAGCUCGACCGCGCAGCUCAAGAUGAAGAAUGGUGGCGCCUUGAUGCCCAGCUCGACCCAACCGCUUGACCAACCGGUCGAGCUAGGCCAAACUUUUCCAACAUUGCACUAG